GAUAAUCGUAGACGAAAAAACGGCUCGGUGUUCGGACACUUCGAACCGUUCGGAGCACGGAGCUCGCGGCAGUGAGCAAAAUGGCGUUGUUAUGGACGGUGAUAUCGUUCGCGUUCUCGUUGCUGCUGACACCUUUCCUCAUGCUGCUGCUGGCGAUCAUAUUCCUUGCGUCCGUCGGCAAGUCCCUCGGUGUGCGUAGGCUAUACAUCAAGCUGCUGCUGGCUCUCUUCGAGUACGGCCGACAAAACAUCGAAAAUGUGAGGAAAAGGAACGGUACUCGGGAUCGAAAUAAGAAUCUUAACAUAGAAGAGGAGUCACCGACGAUCACGGAAAAGGAUUCAACGAUGACAUCGCCUAAAAUGCAAAACGGGAAUGUGAGUAAUUCGGUGAUAGCCAGAUCGAAGGAUCUAAUCUUGGUCCCCGAGCCGGAGAUGCAGAAUCACAAAAGUCACGUUGACGAAUCGAGCCUUAAAAACGAUCACGAACCGUCGAUGAUGGAUGACAAAGAGGAUAGCCUUAAUCAAAAAAAUUCCUUUGAAAUGGUAAGAUCCGGAUUUGCGCUGGGAAGUUUGGAUUACAUCAGAGCGGGCGUUGAAGCUAUUAUAGAAGACGAGGUGACUUCACGCUUUGAAGCUGAAGAACUUAAGAAUUGGAAUCUGUUAACCCGAACGAAUAGACAGUACGAGUUCAUCUCUUGGAAGUUAACUUUUAUAUGGAUGUUCGGAUUCGUCAUGCGUUACUGUUUCCUGCUACCUUUAAGGAUAUUUCUCUGCUUUGUAGGGGUACUAUAUCUACUAGUCGUAACAUUUUUUAUCGGCUUUCUACCGAAUGGCCGUUUGAAAUGUUGGGUGAACAACCAGUUCUCCCUUAUUGCAUUCAGGAUCAUGUUCUGUUGUACCUCGGGUGUGAUCACGAUUCACAAUCCAGAGUACAAACCAAAAAACGGAGGGGUAUGCGUGUCGAAUCACACGUCUGCAAUUCUCGACGUCUGCGUUUUGUCCAUGCAAACAACAUUCUCUUUGAUAGGUCAGAGGCAUGGUGGUUUCUUAGGAAUACUACAAAGAGCUCUUGCCCGUGCCUCCCCACACAUAUGGUUUGAACGCUCCGAGGUCAAAGACAGAGAAUCAGUUGCGAAGAGGCUGAAGCAACACGUAUCAGAUCCCACAAACCCACCGAUACUCAUAUUCCCGGAGGGUACAUGUAUCAACAAUACAUCGGUUAUGCAAUUCAAAAAAGGCAGUUUUGAAGUCGGCAGCAUUAUUUAUCCUGUGGCUAUAAAAUACGAUCCAAGAUUCGGGGACGCAUUUUGGAACAGCAGUCGAUAUUCGAUGAUACAAUAUCUAUAUAUGAUGAUGUCCAGCUGGGCUAUAGUCUGCGAUGUGUGGUAUCUCCCUCCAAUGCAGAGAAAGGAAGGAGAAAGUGCCAUCGAUUUUGCAAAUCGAGUGAAAUCUGUGAUAGCGCGGCAAGGUGGCCUUGUCGAUCUGCAAUGGGACGGCCAACUCAAGAGAAUCAAGCCGAAGAAGGAGUGGAGGGAAAAGCAGCAAGAGGAAUUCAGUAAACGACUAAAAGUCGAAUAAAUAGUAAUAUCAUUUCUAGUCAUAGCUUCAUAAUGCGCAUAUUGCGUGAUAUUUGUUUGUUUAAACAAAAUCAUUUCAUUCAAAUUGGCUCCUCUGUCACAUACUGUUUCCGUAUAUAUCAUUAAUCAUAAUGAGGAAAAUCGAUGUGUCCCAUUAGUCUGCAUAAUUACAUUUUUAGAUAUAGAUAAUUUUCGCAAAUAUGACAGUUUGCACUUUUUCGUAAAAAUUUAUGGAUGCGAAUAAUUGGCAUACUGACGUUACGCGAGAUGAUAUGUAAUAUUGUAUAUUUACAGUUAUAUAAAUAUAACUUUUUAAUGUAAAUUUUUAAAUGAAUGUGGCGUAUGGCUCAUGCCUUGUGAGAUUCGAAUUUUCAUUUGAAGUGCAAAUGUAAUAUUUGCUAUAGUUUUUAAUAGUAAGGUCCGAUGAUUGCAAAGGCAUUACGAAUUUACUAUUUAUAUGCGGAAUGUAUAAUUAUGUUAAAGCGUGUGAUACUUUUUUCUGCAUGUGAGUGUAUGUAGCAGCGAGAAACUUAUCGAUUAUUCUUACUAUGGAAUUACCGAGCAAUUGUACGGUUUAGAUGCAUUAAUACUAUCUCUUAUCUAUGAGAAUAGUGAGGGGAAAAUUGUUAUAUAGUUUCUGCUAUAGUUGAAAGAGAACGAAAAUAUUCAUUUUUCUAAAAAAGACUUAGCUAAAUGUCAACUUAGCACUACAGAUUGCCUGUCCUUUAGGAGUACUGUGUACACUGAUUGCAUUAUGUUAUUUUUCUAUUAAAACUGAAUAGCAUCUCAAUAUAUAUAUUUUCUACUUUUAUAUUUUACAUACAUAGAAUGUGAAGAUUUUUAGCGCUCUAUAUUGCAAUGCAUGUCAAUGUAAUAUACGGUUAUGAAUUUAAUAUAUAAAUAAAAACACGCGCGUGCAUAUUAAUAUAUUUGUGAACUUAAUUCAAAAGACUAUGUUAAGAACGCAAGAGAACGAUAUACAAGUAUGAAGAGAUGUAUUUUCUCACACUUCCAACCAAAGUUAAAUAACAAGUUUAAAAUAAGUGUUAUUUUACUAUUCAUGGCAUUAUUGUAAUACACUGAUCGACAUGCUAAAAGUUUCCUGAAAUAGGAGAGCGGUUUCCCGAUAGAUUUUCGAACGCUGAAAACGAUGCUGCCCUCAAAAUUUGUCUAUCAUGUCACAUUUUUUAGGAGAAUGGAAUUGAAAUCCUUAAAAAAUGCGUUUUUGGCAAUUUUUGCAAAAUCGUAGCGGACGAACCUGAUGUGCUAAAAAUUUUUAAAAGAUCUUAAAUGAAUACUUAAACAUUGCCCAAGUAUCUUCAAUAUUACAAAACUAUUUACUUGCACCGUGCAACAACCAUCUUUUUUUUCAGGAAAUUUUUAUCAUGUCGACCAAUGCUAUUAUUAGUAAGUUAAUAAUAGAUGUUAUUAAUUUGAAAUAAAGAUAACAUCUAUUAUAAAUUCA